AGUAAAUUAACGCUAUACAUAUUAAUAAAAACAGGAAAAUUAUUUCAUUUAUUUUGUAUAUAUAAAACAUUAAAUUUGUUAUACAUACCAAAUAUGACUAGUGAACAAAGUAUUAAUGCAAGUGCUACAGAACCCACACCCACAAUACCAACAUGGGUUGAGGCGUCGUUAUUUGAACCCGCUCUAAAAGAUGUGAUACCAGAUUUUAAACAAAUAAAACAAUUUAAAGCCAAUAAAGCUUUGGAAGGUGGUGAAAAUUACAAUACUCUUGUAAUACAUUUGAAUAUGGAAGUGGAAUUGAAUGAUGGAUCUUCAAAACCUGUCUCCUUAAUAUUGAAAACAGCUCAUGACAGCGAAUUAUUCCGUAUGAUGAUGCAGAUGAAUAAUGUUAUCGAUAUUGAGACCACCAUGUACCAAGAAGUCGUGCCCGAAUUUGAGCAACUCUACAAAGAAGCUGGAAUUGACAUUAAAUUUGGAGCAAAAUUCUAUGAAGUGUCAACAAAUAAUCCAUGUAUUUUAUUAGAAGAUUUGCGAGUAAAGGGUUUUAAAAAUGUAAAUCGUAUAGAAGGUUUAGACAUGGAACAUACCAAAGCAGUUCUUAAGAAAUUAGCUCAGUGGCAUGCCGCUUCUGCUGUACGCAUAGCUGUUAAAGGGCCCUACAAGCCAAAUCUCACUAAUGGGGCAUUUAAAGAGGAAAUGCGUGAAAUGAUGUCCGCAAUGUUCGCCAGUAUGUAUCCCAUAUUCUUGGAAGUAACUAGAAAAUUUGAAGGCGAUGAAGAUUAUUUUGAAGCCAUGUGCAAUACACAAACAAAUUUAAUCGAUGAAAUGAUGAAGGGCAUUAAGGUGGAUGCCAAUGAGUUUAAUGUCUUAAAUCAUGGCGAUUGUUGGUGCAAUAAUGUCAUGUUUCAACAUGAUGCUUUUGGUAAAAUCAAGGAUACUUAUAUAAUUGAUUUCCAAAUGCCCAAAUAUGGUUCCCCAGCCCAAGAUUUAUACUAUUUGCUUUUAUCUUCUGUCAAAUAUGAGCUUAAGAUUAAACAAUUUGAUUAUUUCAUUAAAUACUAUCAUGAGCAGUUAGUGGAACAUUUGAAAUUAUUGAAUUAUAAUAAGAAAAUACCAGCCUUAAGGGAAAUACACAUGAUGUUAUACAGAUAUGGUCUUUGGGGAUAUAUGACUCCAAAUACAACUAUGGCUGGAGCCCUUCUUGACCCAACUGAAAUUGCUGGAACAGAAAACUUAAUCGCCAAUACUGAUGCUGGUAUUCAAUUUAAAAUACAAUUGUAUUCCAACCCUCGUUAUCGUCAGCAUAUGAAAUUAGUUUUGCCCUGGUUAUAUAAUCGUGGAGCGUUUUAAUGCAUUAAAUCUUAUCAACAUAAUUAGUUUAUUAUCAAUGUCAUUUAUUUAUACAAAAUUUUUUACAUAAUAUACUAAUUAUUAUCUAUCGUGUA